AUGGAGGAUUUAAUUGCUCGACUGGAAAUCGAUCGCAACGGCAACGGAGCCGUCAUAUUUGCGUACGCCUUCACAAAUGGUCGGCGCCGGUCGUCAGCCCGCUAUUUACAAGACGUGAUCUGGGAAUCACAUUACGGCCCGAUUCCCGAUCGCAUGCGAGUCGUGCACCGAAAUUACAUAUCGAUGGACAACCGUUUGGACAAUCUGUGUGAUCACGGGCGGCCGCUGCGGAUGAACACCAUGUUGUCGGAGACCGCCUGCGUAUUGAUUUUAGUGCCCGCCGGCGACGCCUACUUGUGGUACAACAGCCUCUGGCGGACGCAUAACUCAUCCAAUAAUAAACAACAUCCGCCGCACUCGCAGUCCACCGGCGCCCCCGUGACCAUCGCCGCCACCACAACCGAACAGCACCUGAGCCUAUACUGGGCCGCAAUCCAACAGUUGCCUCCCGAACACCUUCACAAUGAAGUGAUUAUUAACUUGUUUGUUAAAAAAAUUUAA